AUGAGGCGAACGCUGGAGGGUCUCCAAAACCCUGAUGUUCAAAUAGCCCGUGAAAGAAACCUUGUCGAUCUGGAAUAUGCAGACGACAUCGUUCUCAUGUUCGAAGAGAAGGAGAAUGAGCAAGUAUUAUUGAAUGAACUGACCAAAGUCAUCUCGUCCUUUGAUAUGUACUUUGCACCUACAAACUGCGCUGCUACGGCCGAGAAGCCUGGCCCGCUCGAGGCUGGCCCAGAAUUCGGGACGCUUGCCGGUCCGGCAUCAAGACGAGAUCUGAUUGGUCAACAAUCUGGACCCAACAGCCAAUCAUGA